AUGAUAGAUGAUGAUGACGAUGAUGACGACGAUGAUGAUGAAGAUUUUGAAUGUCCACCACCUAUGGUUAGUCCACCGGCAACACCAACUGAGAAGAAAAAUGGCCACUCUGAAACGGGAGAAGUUGAUUUGGAAAAGAAUUUUUCAAAACUAAAUCUUCAAAACUGUGAUGCAGAGUUUACAAAAGCUUUGAAAGACUAUGUGGAACAGGGAUACAAGAAAGAUUCUGUGUCAAUGAAUGUUGGUGAUUCUGAACUGCAUGAGUUUACCAAAGUACUUGAGGUAGCUGCAAGUGGCCUUAAAAGCGAGCUUGACAGUUUUAUGAAGAAAAUGAGCGUUCUGAACGAUUUCCUAAGAGUUGACCGUCAGAAGCAUUCUACACUCGACUCAAAAUACAGAGUAUCUGGUGCAGGAUUACCAAACCUACUAGAGCAGUUGUCAAAGGUCCGAACAGAAGUUCUCAACAUACAAACAAAGGCACAGGAAACGAUACAGCUUGCAUCACUGCCAUCAGAUUAUGAAUAUCUGGACCCUCCUGACGGGGUUUACUGUGAAAAUGGAAUCACAAGUGGCCCCUUUCUGGCCUCCACUUACAGACCAUACAUUCCACAAAGCAAAUUUGAGGUUAGAAAGGUGAAACAUGGGAAAUCUAAUAAACUUACACUGACUGUGGACUUACAGAAUGGAAAAUACUCAAUACUCAAACAGACUGGAAAGGAGACUCUUGGAACCAACACAAUAUCUCAUGACAGAAUACUCCAUUUAAUCAAAUGUACUAAAGACAAAUGUAUUUUGGAUGUUAUACUUGAUGGCAAGAAGAAACAGACAUACAUAUUUGCUGACCCUCACGCACGAGAAAACUUCUGCCUUCAGAUUCGACAGAUGAAGAACAUGCACUCAACUGAGACCGAGAUUGAUCAGAUCUCAAUUUUUGUUGGUACAUGGAAUAUGGGUGAUGCCUCACUUAACCAAAGUUUAAGCACUUGGUUGAAGUGUACAGGGGCGGGUAAAUGUCGGGACAGGGUACUAGGAGUUAUCCCCCAUGACAUGUAUGUUGUCGGUACUCAGGAGAGCUCCAUGACAGAGAAGGAUUGGGUAAACACGCUGAAAGCUGGUCUCAAAGGUAUAAUCAUAAUUUUAUUCAUGAUUUCAGACUUAUGAAAACAAAAAUUAUUU